UCUGUUCUUUAACGUAUAACAACUAUCGCUUGACUACGAACAAAUUUACAAUUUUUUCCGACUUUAUGAAUUCUGUUUUUAUUUUCUCUUACCCGAAUAUUUCUGUUGAACGCUGGUAUUUAUUACUACUUGUGUUUCUAAUUAGUUUAACUAAUCGAUUUACGUAACAGAAACGUGAAUGAAACGAAAUUCGUCGGUCUUUUUUAGAAUUGAUUGAUUUUUAUACUUCAUGCAUGAAUCGUGUGUAUGGAGUGUGUGGUGCAGUGUUUUUUUUUUUUUUUUCAUUUAGUGAGUAACAAAUAAUGUGGGCCCCAGAAAUAUAAUAAACGGGCAAUUGUAAUAUUACAAAACGGAAAGAAAAAAGGCCUUGUUUGGGUUACGUUAAAAUAGGCCUGGCUAUGAUUACUCAUCUUAAUUUUGCAUUCAUUAUCUUGCCUGCCUGCUGCCAACCCGUCCCCUUCGGCUGGAUUUAUUUUUAGUACUCUCCACAGUUCAGUGUAAUUUAUAAAUAAAUAUCCUUGAUACCCUUUGUACGGCGGGGUAAAUACAAAAAGUACCAACAAAACACUCGCCGCGUCAUAGGUAAAUUCUGUGACGAGAGUACCGCGUGUGAAAGUGAAGAUCAUCGUUUAAUGUACAAGUGAAAUAUGUAUGCUUUCUGCUGUCCAAUAAGCGACGGUAGUUGUGGUAAAUGAAUAUUGCUGGCUUGGAAACUGACAGAAUUGUCUUUUUGAGCAAAGCUAUUUGUGUGAGCUAAACCCGCAUCCAAAUCUUCUGGUUGUCAUCUUUUUAUUUUUCUCGUCAUUUGCUCUGCUUGUUGGCCUUUUGCUUUUCAAGUACUCCAUCUUUUUGCCCUCAAGAAAACACUUCAGACUGUGCCACACGUACGACGAAGAAAAAGACGUAGCAGAAGAACCAAUAGCCCGUUUAUUUUUUGUUGACGUCUGUUUUGAAGUUGUAACGAAUGAAUGGAAAACAAAUUAAUGGACAUCAAGAUUAAUUGAAUACAUCGAAUUUGUUGUAGCACUUGCACACACACAUACACUGCCGCCCUGCCCAAAACUAACCCUCCAAGGAAUGGAUAAAAUAAAAUCUUUUUGACAGCAUUCUACAUUGUUUGAGAGAAUAUUUGGAUGCAUUUUUAGGAGUAUAAAAACAAAAGCCGCCUGUUCGCAAACAUAUCAAUAAGAUACCACUGUCAAGACUUUAAACUGCUUCAAAGUUAGCAAUAAGCGAUAUCUACUUAUUUUUAAUAUAUACAUAAAUCUUAAUACAAACGUAAAGAAAAAACAUAAGCAUUAACAUCGUAUUCCAUCCAUUAUCAACGUUAAAUAAAAAUCGAAAAAAAAAACUAGCACACUUUUGUUAAGAACAAAACAGAUGUAGCAAGGAUAUAAGAAAAGAUUUUGAAAUUUUUAAUUUCAUAUUUUGUAACGUACACAAAGAACAAAACCACACAACAUCCAAUCGAAUCAAAAGAGUCGUGGUAUAAGAAAAGAAAUUUGGUAGUUCACCAUGAUGGCUCAUUGCAAUGUUUGAACGUUUUCGCCUUAGUAAUUUAAGUCGCCACUACCAAUUACGAACUACAGAACUGGCUCGAGAUAAGAAACAAAGACAACAAUGUAUUACAGUGCUAUUUCUCGAUGACACCACGCACACCUUUCGGAUAGAGAAACGAGCCAAAGGCGGUGAUUUACUGGAGCAAGUAUAUCAGUUUCUCGAACUAUCCGAAAGGGACUAUUUUGGCCUAUUAUUUCCCUCAAAACCAGGAGAUGUUGUGCGGUGGGUUGAUGCCCAAAAGCCUUUCAAGAAACAAUGCAAUAGUAUUGCUUUGGACAAUGACGCCGUACCACUGCUAGAAUUUAGGGUUAAGUUUUAUGUAAGUGAUCCCAGUCGUUUACAAGAAGAAUUUACACGUUAUCAGUUUUAUUUACAAAUAAAACGUAACAUAUUAUUGGGCAAGUUGCCAUGUUCACUUAAUACACAAUGUCUGUUGGCAAGUUAUACAGUGCAAUCUGAACUGGGCGAUUUCAAUCCCACGGAACAUCAGGCUGGUUACUUGAGUAAUAUGCAAUUAUUAGCUGAUCAAACCCCAGAUGCUGAACGCAAAAUAUCUGAACUACAUAAACUACACCGCGGUCAGUUGCCUGCGGAUGCCGAAUAUAAUUAUUUAGAACAUGCAAAAAGACUUGAUUUAUAUGGAAUUGAUUUACACAAAGCCAUGGAUUCCAAUGGCAAAGAAUUGCAAUUGGGUGUAUCGGCCAUAGGCCUAUUAGUGUUUCAAAACGGUUUGCGGAUAAACACAUUUUCUUGGUCCAAAAUGGUCAAAGUUUCUUUUAAGCGUAAAGAUUUCUUCAUUCAGCUGCGCCGAGAACCGUCCGAAAGCUAUGACACUCUGUUAGGCUUUAGUAUGACGUCACACAAGCAUGCAAAAUCAUUAUGGAAAUCCUGUGUUGAGCAUCAUUCUUUCUUCCGACUGAAACGGCCACAUCGUUUAUCACGAUUUCUUAAUUUAAGCUUGGGAUCAAAAUUCUAUUACUCUGGGCGUACCGAAUUGCAAGCCGUACAGGAAUCAAAACAACGUGUUAAGAUCCACAAGGCCUUUGUACGUUCACCAAGUAAACGGCUUAUUGCUAUUGGACCAGGUGGCACUACAAUGUCCCCCUUAGCAAAUGGAGCCAGCGGCUCUGAUAGUAAUGGCAGUGUUUCUCACAAUGGUAAAGCUCCGUCCGCUAUUGCUGCCACACAUACGUCCAUUUUAACUAUAACAAAAACCAGCCGUCCACAUCAUGACAAUAAAGUUACGUCAAAACAAUUGGAUACAAUGCCUCGUAAAGCUUGGGAACAACAAAGUGAUGAAUAUGACAUCCAACUAGAUACUGGCUAUAUUGAUCAAUGUGGUCGCCGCUUUGAAUCUCCAGUACCCGCAUAUAGUACGGGAUCGCAUAGUCCAAACGGCACUCAAAUAUGUGCAGGCAUGAACCCUUACAUGAAUGGUUGUUCUACAGCCCCAGAAAGUGGUAGCGAUUUAAUAACCAUACGUUUGCUGGCCGAUGAACAUGGUCGUUUUGGAUUCAAUGUCAAGGGGGGCAUUGACUUGGGAUUGCCGGUUCAGGUGUCAAAAGUUGUGCCCCAUACGCCUGCCGAUCGUUGCACGCCAAGGGUUUGUGAAGGCGAUGAAGUUGUCCUCAUUAAUGGCAGAGAAGUUACGGGACUGACACACGAACAAGUUGUCAAUAUGAUAAAAGAUUGCCGCAACACACGUACCGGCGAAUUGCUACUUACAAUGCGUCCUUGCUCAACAGGUCCUGCUCUAACCGAAGAAGAAGAACCUCUAUAUCAAUAUGUACCGGAAACUGACGAGAUAGGCUCACAUUCAAACCUGCUCGAUGGAGAUGCUCUGUUUACACAAAGUUUAUUGUUACUUAGCGAUGGCCUGGCUUCAGGUGCGCUUUUGGCUCAAUACGAAUUGAUGUAUCGUAAAAAUCCCGACCUGGCCAUAACGGAAGCCAGAAAACUUGAAAAUGUUGCUAAAAAUCGUUAUCGUGAUAUAUCACCAUAUGACUGUACGCGUGUAACGUUAGUCAAUUGCUCGAGCGGUGAUUAUAUAAAUGCAAACUAUGUAAAUAUGGAAAUCCCAGGAGGCAUUAAUCGAUAUAUUGCCACCCAAGGUCCUCUAGCCUCCACAACAACGGAUUUCUGGCGUAUGGUGCAACAGGAAAGUAGUCACUUAGUUGUAAUGCUAACGACAGUAAUGGAAGCUGGCAGACAAAAAUGUCACCAAUAUUGGCCAGUAACAGGAGAUGAACUACAGUUGGGCGAGGGUUUGUGUGUGAAAUGUCUUAGUGAGAAACCAGACGAGACAGGAAGUUUUGUUUUUCGGGAGUUUCUGCUAUGUGACAGGCGUACUGGCGAACAACGUCAUAUACAACAUAUGCAAUAUCUUGCCUGGCCCGAUCAUUGUGUGCCCUCAGAUCCAAAUCUUUUCUUGGAAUUUGUUGAACGAGUUCGAAAUGCUCGCAAUCGUACAUUGCUGCAGGAAAUCGAAGAAAGUCUUAAACAAGUUCGGCUUUUAGAUGCUGAUGCUGAUGAAAAUGGUGGUAUUAUGGGCGAACGCAAAUGUGCUGCAAGUAAUGGUGUUACUCCCGAAGAUGAAACACCAGUUUCAACAAGUGUCCAUCAAUGUAUUAGUGCUGCUAAUCCGCCUGUGAUAGUGCAUUGUUCGGCUGGUAUUGGGCGUACGGGUGUUUUGAUACUAAUGGAUACAGCAUUAGCCUUGAUGGAGGCUCGGGAACCAGUCUAUCCGUUGGACAUUGUGCGUACAAUGCGUGAUCAAAGAGCUUGUAUGGUGCAAAAUGUGAGCCAAUAUCGUUUUGUAUGUGAAUGCAUUUGUGCAGCCUAUAUGAAAAUGUCUCGAAAUAGUGCUUUAUUGGCACAAGAGGAUGAGGAUGAAGACGUUGGCGGUGAUGAUUAGACCAACAUUUUUGUGACUUUUGCGGAAAUAUUGCACGUGCCUCUUUAUUCGAAAAACACAAUAAUCUUUAAAAUGAACACUAUAUAUACACACACACGUUAUCGAGAAACGCAAACAAAUAAUAACACACAGAAUCAUUUACCUAGAGACGUGAACAAUUAUAAUUGAUAAUAUACACAUAUAUUUUUAUAUGCAACUUACAAUUACUAAACCCAAUUACAAUACGGAUACAAUUUACAAUUACAUAGAAGAUUACAACAUAUUGUAUACGCAUGUAUAAAAAAGAAAACCUUUACACCCAAAAAUAAUGGCGCAUCCAAAACUAGCAUUACUAUUUGAGUUGAAAUGCAUUAUGUUAAAAAUAUAAUUUCGUUAAAUUUGAAGUUAGAUUGCUUCUACGAUUCGGAAUGCAUUUCAAAUAUAAAUUAACAACAUAAACUUCAAAA